CUUGGAGGGUUAUGAUUGAGAUUUAUCUCCAAUGGAAUCAAGUUAACUUAUUGAACCACCUUCACAAAUACCUUUCCUUUACCCUCUUUCUUCCAUAUACUCAUCUUCCUUAAACUCCAAUGUCUGUCUCUGUUUAUAUUUGUGUAUAUAAACAUUCACACAAAACAUAAAUUCUCAUUAGACCCCACACACUGAAACAAUCUUCCUACCCAAAACAUGGGUCGUCAUGAUACAUACCACAAACUCAUCUUCUUCUCCCUAUCCAUAUUGUUACUUCACAUCCCAUUGAAGAAUGUAGACGCCUUGGCAUGCAACUGGGGGACACAAGCGAGCCAUCCAAUGCCACCAAACAUAGUGGUCAAGCUCCUCAGGGACAACGGGUUCAACAAGGUUAAGCUAUUCGAAGCUGACCCUGGCGCACUAAGAGCCCUUGGCAAAUCAGGUAUCCAAGUCAUGGUUGGUAUCCCCAACGAUCUCUUGGCAUCUAUGGCGUCCACUGUCACCAACGCCGAGCUUUGGGUUCAACAAAACGUCUCUCAAUACAUCUCCAAAUAUGGAACCGACAUAAGAUACGUAGCCGUGGGGAAUGAGCCAUUCUUGAAGACCUACAAGGACAGAUUCGUCAAAUCAACAUACCCGGCGCUGCAGAACGUUCAAGCAGCUCUGGUGAAAGCUGGUCUCGGCCGACAAGUCAAAGUCACGGUGCCUCUCAACGCGGACGUCUACGAAUCCGGCGACGGUCUCCCUUCUUCCGGCGACUUCCGUUCCGACAUCAAAACACUAAUGGUCUCCAUCGUUCGCUUCCUCGCCGACUCAGUCUCGCCCAUCACUUUCAACAUCUACCCUUUCCUCUCUCUCAACGCCGACCCAAACUUCCCCCGCGAAUACGCCUUCUUCCCAGGCUCCGGCGGCGGCGGCGGCGGAGCUAAGCCUGUAGUCGACGGAUCGAUCUCUUACACUAACGUCUUCGACGCGAACUUCGACACUUUAGUCUCGGCGUUAGAGAAGAACGGAUUCGACGCGGAGAAGGUGGAGAUCAUCGUCGGAGAAGUCGGAUGGCCUACCGACGGCGACGUGAACGCGAGUCCGGCGUUGGCUCAGAGAUUCAACCAAGGCUUGCUAAACCGUAUCGUUCAAGGAAAGGGAACGCCUCGCCGGAAAACGGCGCCGGAGGUUUACGUAUUCUCGUUAGUCGACGAGGACGCGAAGAGCAUCGAUCCCGGAAAAUUCGAGCGUCACUGGGGAAUAUUCUCUUACGACGGCGCCGUUAAGUAUCCGCUCAGCCUCGGUAACGGACGUCAGUUAGUUCCCGCGAAAGGGGUUCGUUACCAGGCACGUGAGUGGUGCGUGCUCUCUCCUCAAGCCGCGGCGGGAAACGGACCAAACGGUGCCACGUGGACGUCGUCUGUAGAGUACGCGUGUCAGCUCGCUGAUUGCACCUCUCUGGGGCCAGGAUCCUCUUGCGCGGGUUUGGAUUCCGCCGCGAAUGCGUCUUACGCGUUUAAUAUGUAUUUUCAGAAGAUGGAUCAUCGUCGAGGAUCAUGUGUUUUCAACAAUCUAGGGGUUGUUACUAAGAUUGAUCCGUCGAGUGGUUCGUGUCGGUUUCCUAUUGAGAUUGAUACGAGCAGGCAUGAUGAGACGUUGCGUCCGCGGAAGAGUUCUGGUGCGGGUGAAGGGAAGUGGGGGACGGUGGUGACGGCGGCGAUGGCGGUUGUUUGGGCGGUGUUUUAUUGAUCGUUAAGUCUUCUCUUCGCUUGUAAUUUUUUUCAUUCUUUUUCUUACAUCUGUAAAUAAGACAGUCGAUAAAUGGAUAUAUCGUUUGUCUUUCUUGAAAUUGGUGUACGUAACUAUUCACAUCCGAAUUAUAUAAAUUAGAUAUGGGCUUAAUAUGAAAUCAAAAUU